AUGGCUCACAAACCAGGUAGCACUAAUGGGCCCAGCUGUGACAGCAGUGUGAUCUCUAGCAACUACCAGACCUGUCUUGGCCUUCUGAUGCAUUACCCAGUCAUCGGGGAUGUUCACUCUCUGAUACUUAAGGCUCUGUUUCUUAGAGACCCCAAGAGAAAUCCAAGACCAGUGACUUCUCAGUUUCACCCCAAUUUAGAUUAUUACAAGGCACGGGGAGCAGACCUUAUGAAUAAAAGCAGGAUCAACCCCAAAGGCACUCCCUUGAAUAUAAAUAAGGUCUCUAAUAGCCUGAUUAAUUUUGGAAGAAAGUUGAUUUCCCCAGCAAUGGCCCCUGGCAGUGUGGGGGGCCCUAUACCUGGAGGCAACAGCAGCUCUUCUGCUGUAAUUCCCACCAAGAACAUCACAGAAGCCCCGAGGCAUCAUCUGCUGCAGCAGCAGCAGCAGCAGCAACAGCAGCAACAACAGCAGCAACAACAGCAGCAGCAGCAGCAGCAGCAGCAGCAGCAGCAGCAGCAGCAGCAGCAGAGGCUGAUGAAAUCUGAAAGCAUGCCAGUGCAAUUGAACAAAGGACAGAGUUCUAAAAACAUCAGUUCAUCGCCAAGCAUUGAAAGUUUGCCUGGGGGAAGAGAAUUUACAGGCUCUCCACCUUCAUCUGCUACUAAAAAAGAUUCUUUUUUUAGCAACAUCUCACGGUCCCGUUCCCACAGCAAAACUAUGGGCCGAAAAGAAUCUGAAGAAGAAUUAGAAGCCCAGAUCUCCUUCCUUCAAGGACAGUUGAAUGACCUGGACGCCAUGUGCAAGUACUGUGCUAAGGUGAUGGACACUCAUCUUGUAAAUAUUCAAGAUGUGAUUUUACAAGAAAAUUUGGAGAAAGAAGACCAAAUUUUGGUGUCACUGGCAGGAUUAAAACAGAUCAAAGACAUUCUGAAAGGUUCCCUGCGUUUCAACCAAAGCCAGCUGGAGGCUGAGGAGAAUGAGCAGAUUACCAUCGCAGAUGACCACUAUUGCUCCAGUGGCCAAGGACACAGCAGCCAGGUUCCUGUGGCCACCAAAAAGGCCUCUUCAGAAACAACAGAGUGCAAAGACAGAGGGAGUUCAGAUGACUUCAUCUUGGUUUCCAAGGAAGAUGACGGGGGCACUGCCAGGGGACCCUUCGCAGGCCAGGCCCAGCCUCUUCGCACCCUCAGAAACACAUCUGGGAAAAGCCAUGCCCCAGCCUGUUCCCCACUGGUGUUCUCAGACCCACUGAUGGGUCCAGCUUCAGCUUCCUCCAGCAACCCCAGCUCCAGCCCUGAUGAUGACAGCAGCAAGGACUCUGGCUUCACCAUUGUGAGCCCUCUGGAUAUUUGACCACAAGGACCCAGCUACCCGCCUCGGGGGCCUCAAAGGCUUUCCCAAUGGAGACUCAUCUGAAAUCGGCACUUCUUUCCCAGCAUGCAUUUGGCAUUGGUUACAGCCCUUUAGAACCCUUUUGAGAGAAGUAAAUAUGGCCACAAAGCACACAGAGCUAGUGUGCUCAACAAGGUGCAGGCAGGGCUUUCUGGGUCCUCGUGACCCGCACACUGGCCUCCCACUGAAAUGAGCUGGAUUAAGUGCUCAGCACCACACCAUCAGUAACCCCACCCUCAGCACCACUCCUCCUCUGUUCUCUCCACCCCAACUAAAUGGAUCUGACCACCUUAUCAGUUAUACAUAGAGGAGGAGAAGGUAAUUUCAAAGCUUAUGUCCCUCAACCCAUUAGCCACAGAAAAAUUGGCCUAUAGCAAGAAAAAAGAUUACUCAAUGAAAAUCUAUCUCAAACAAACUUUCCUAUCUUGGGAAGCCACAAAUACAACCAACCACAAUAGGAUAAACUAGAAUGAGUAGAUUCCAGAGCUGGGUAAAACCUGUUACUUCUCAAAGUUACAAUGACUUUAGAAAACAGGCCUAAAUUUAGGAGUCAUUCUUAGGUAUGAUUUGGUGUUAAAGAAUACAUUUAUAGUGCUCAGGCUUGAAUAGACUUUGACCAUUACCAUCUCUUCAAAAAUAAUUGUAUUUUACCUCUUAGACCCUUUCCUACUCAGAAAAAAGGUCACUCCAAGCCAGUCUGAGCUGCACUGAUUUCAGAAGUUGCAAGAAUAUUACUAUCCCUAGCUUUGCUUAUGGAAUAAACAACUUUCAGACAGCCAAUUUUCUGAUGAAUACAGCUCUGAAAUUACAGAGACUUUAUCUGAUAAGUGAGGAAUAAGGGAAAUGCCCAUGCUGGGUCCCCUCCAUGGCCUUAAGGUAGCAGCAACAAAGAAUUAGACUGAGAGUCCCUUCUGGGGAAGCAGUGCUUCCUAGAGAACAUUCCAGGUGCCCGGAGGAUGCAGGGUGUCUAAGCAGCUCUUUCCCUCUCUGAGAUUCAGUUAAGAGGUGCAGGUUCUGUGCUGAGCUGUAAACUCUGCAUCCUGGGCACCACCACCAGGACCAGGUCAGACAUGGGAUUCCCUCCUAAGCUUCAGCACAGAUGACAGGUUCUGCCCCUCUUCAUUGGUGGCUUAGGAAGCCAUGGCAGGCACAAAGCAGCACGAGGCUUUCUCCUCAAAGGGGAAGACUCUGGCAAGGGGCCCUCUCCUCACUCCUCACAGGAGACACAGGGAGGGGGUGCUCACCAACACAGGGAUUUUACCACCCUCAGGGAUCCGUGGGCCUUGCAGGGAGCACUGGCUCUCUGGGCCCUUAGAGGGUGGUGGGGCCUCAGAGCAGUGGUCCCUUUCAUGGUAACUACAUGAAAGCUAAGUGUGAAAGAGCAUUUAUGCCCACCUACUGCUCACCAUGUAUUUCUCUAAGGCCAAAUGGGAUCGUGACACCUUUCCCACUCAAUCUCUAAGAAAAUGGGAUACUCCCAAGUCAGCUACUACAGAGUAGGUUCCAAUAGGCUGUACAACUCAUUAAACUCUGGCAGAGAAACAGCUCACCUCACCACUGUAUUGAGGUGAGUAACUACUGUGCUUUGCCAGCCACCAAAGUUGUCUGCCCUUCCCCAUGGGCAUUGCUUGGCAGAUGCACUGAUCGCUCUGGCUCCUGCACCACUGAGUAAGCUGUCACUAGUAUGGGUCCCUGUGCCAAUCCUGUGAGCCCCUUGGUCCCCAUACCGUGUGUGGCCUUGCACCAGUGCAGAUGGUGCCACAGUCACUUUCUCACAGAGGGCUUGCCUUCACAAGGCAGCUGUGCUCCUAGACCUGUGAGGUGUGGCGCUGUCCUGCCAGGGACCUUGGGCAAACCUGUCAAGGGCCACAAGACUGGCGAUCUCCUUAAAGCUUAGGCACUGUCAUCUGCUCAGUCUAGCACCUCCUUCGCCCUAAGAGCUAAGACAAGAUCUGAGGUUCAGCAGCCACUCACCAGGCCAAGAAGGCUUUAGGCUGGUUCUGUGCCAUUGGCUGGGCAUUUAGUAGUCAAUUUCCCAGCCCUGUCCAUCUACCAGGGCAGGUCCUCCUCUGUCCUUCUGUCCUUUUGUGCUGGUGCCACAUGAGAACUGAGGGGUUCACUCAGAGGUGUUACUUCUAGUCCCCCAAUACCCCCUCUUCAGAGAAAGAACUCGGGGGGCUCGGGCAUGGGCAUGUCAGCCCCAGACUCAGAAGUAGAGCACUGUAAUAUUGGGGUUUGGUUUUUGGCUGUUUUGAGACAAACUCACUCUGCAGUUCAUGCUGAACUUGAACCCACCAUGGGGCCUAGGCUGGCCUCCAACUUGAGGUGAUCCUCCUGCCCCAGCCUCCUGAGUACUGGGAUGACAGGUGUGAGCCACCAUGGCUGGCUUAAUAUUGUUUUUUUAAGUGACUUUUUAUUCUUUGGUGAGCAUUGUUUGUGUUAUUAGUUACAGUGCUAUUAAAGAGUAUUUCUUUUUUGUUUCUUUUUUAAAUUGGGUACUUAUGUUUAAGUGCACUUUUUUUAAAUUGUUGAUAUAUGAAGCUUUUUUAAAAAACAUGGUAAUCAAUGAAAUGCCUCAUUUUGAUCAUUAGCAGUUAAAUACGUUAAGCUUAAUUCCCAUUUUUAUCUUUUUAUAUACAUAUCCUGUGUUUCAUGCAUUCCACUGAUCAGACUGGAAAUCUGAGUUAAACUUCAUGUGUUAAUUUACAUUUGAGAGUUACAGAUAACUAGAGAAAGAAAUUCACAGUUACUUUGCCUUAUUUCACGUCUGUGUUAAGGGGGUCAUAUAACACUUUAAAAAUUUAAUUAUAUGGGGUUAUUCUCACAGAAAUGACCUCCUUACUUUCAGUGCUAACUGUACUCUGGAAAGAAAUAGCAGCACUGCAGAAUGAAUGUAACUCCAGAAGUAAGCCAGGCCCGCCGUGUGACUUGCCUUCUGGAGUACAGCUGAGCUGUGCCCGUCGCGGCGCCAGGGCAGCCACUGCAGGGGCUGGUGCCACCUUCUCCACACGAGACCCGAGGCACGCGUAGAGCUGUGCAGGUCAUGCAGUUCCAGGUCAUAUGCAAUCCAUGUUUACUUUGUUUUUCUUUUAAUGUUUUCUAAGAAACUGUGCCCAGAGGUCACUGCAGAAUAAGAGUAAGUGUGAGGAUUUAGGUCUCCAAACAUGGAAAGCCAUCACUUUUCCUGUACCGUGCCUGGCAGCAGUGGGUGCUUUGGAGCAGCGGGCAGGGCUGGGCUGGACUGAGGACAGCAGCCGGCCAGGCCUCCUCCCCACGGAUCAGGCUGCCUCUCAGUGAUAACUUUCAGAAGGUUUUUUAUGGUGUUGGGAGAACAAAACAGGUGGAGCCCGCGUUGACAGCGCUACAGUGACUCCUCACGGUGGCACAGUCCAGUGGACUUAGGGAAUACUCAGGAGUGCCCCUUACACCCUCUCACUUUUUCUCAUCCAUCCUUAUGCUGUAACUCAUACUGAUUUAAGUAAUGAUUUAUCCACUUGCAAAGUCAUCCUAUUCAGUAGUUAUAAUAAAAAAUAAUGUGAAAUUGA